AAAUCUUUCGGAAUAGAUCUGGAUUUAUCAACAGAAAUCCCUUUUCAUUAAAGUAAACAUAGGCCUACCAUAUGCUUACAAUAAUUUCACGAUCUUUCGCUAGUUGUUGAAAAAAUGUACUGAAAGGGGUGUUGAGGGAUUAAUAGAAGGGAUGCAAAAUGACAUCAGGAUUGGAGCUACACGAGGCAGCCUCUAUGGGGGACUAUGACACUCUGGAGGAGCUUAUAUUCAGUAAAAAGAUUGACAUCAACCUUAGGGAUCCCGAGUGGCGAGACAGGACAGCUCUCCACUGGGCAUGCUCCAAAGGUUACGUAGAAUGUCUUCGUCUGCUUUUGGACCACGGGGCGGACGGAUUGGCACGUGCAGACAUGCACUGGACACCGGCACACUUUGCUGCGGAGACGGGAAAGAUCACCGUCCUAAGGGCACUGGUCGCGGCGGAAGUUCCGGUGUAUAAGCGGGACAGGUACGGGGACAAACCCGUGGAUAUUGCCCGGAUGUACGGGUUCCAGGACUGUGUCAAGUACCUACAACAGGAAGAAAUAAAUCAAAAACAGAAGCGUGAGCAGAAAGGUUUACCUGUGAAUUCUGACGACGAAUCUCCGGCCGAGCCGUGAGUCAGGGGCCACGCCCAUAUUGUGUUCAGGAGGGGAAGGGGUGAAAGCCGUGGCUACACCAGCAUUCUACAUAUGCAUGUGGAUUUUUUUUAAUGAUUUCUUCAAGGACUAGAAAUCAAAACAGUUAUUGUGCACAAUUAUGUGGAUAUAUGUUGACAUAAACACGUGAUGUGUGGUCUUUCAUAUUGAUGAACACGUGAUGUGUGGACUUUCAUAUUGAUGAACAGUGCUUGUCUUUCUUUUGUGUUAGCAUUAUGUUGCAACGCUCUUGCUUUUUCAAGAAAUGAAAUCUCAAAGUUUUCAAAAUUGAUAUUUUGAAUCUUACUUGUAGUAUACAAUAUAAAAUGACUUAUUUCUACUACUUG